AUGAGACGUGAUCCGGAGAAUAAGCACAUACCUCUUCUUGACUUUUCAAGAUUUGAAAAUCCGGAUCAAGAACCCCAACUUAAAUUUGUUUUCAAUACUUCCUCUACUGCUGUUGACGAAUCGAAGACAUUUAUCUACAUUGGAAAGUGCCGUUGUGAACUGGAUUUGAGUAUAGUGGAUCGAAUAGCUGAUUUGUUCGAAUCGCGUCCAUUUUUUGAUUUGCCCUCGUAUCGACGUUCGAGGCUAGAUAGUAUUGUCAGAAAAGAUCCGUUGCAACUGCGCGAAGAUCUGUUUAGUAUCCCUGUUGUUGAGCAAUCGAAGAAACUGAUGAUUGUUGUCAAAUGCCAAGAUCUCGAGCUUGAUUUGAGAAUUCCCGUAGCUGACUUGCGAAAUCCAAAUGGAGCGAGAAUGCCGUAUCGACAGCGUCACGUUCAUUCUGAAUACAUUGGUUUACAUGUGAGUUCGAUGACUGUGGAAGUCCCACUCGGCGGAGAAAGUACUUUGUUUGAAUUGUUCGCGACGGAGAUCUACGGAAGCUUUUGUGGGGUCUCGGAUAAAUUUUCAUGUUCUGAUGAGGAUCGACGUUUUCUUUGGGGUGGACAAACAUCAGUGGAUGAACCAGUCCACAUGAAAUUCGAGUACGAUCCUCGUAACAAAGCUUUGAAGGCGUCAGGUACCAAAAUACACUGUGUUAGCGGACUCGGGAUCAAUGAUGAUAUGACGAAGAGCAUCUCAUUAUCAGUCAUUCAGUCUUUACCUCAUAGAGAAGGUCCUUUUGCACAAACACACCGGUCGUUCCUGCAUAAUCAUGAAGAGGAUAAUGAUUUAAUCUUGGCGGGUUCACGCGAAGAAAUGACCGCCUUCGGAGCUAAGUGCAUUCUUCAGUCUAUUAUGGUCAUAUCACUUGAUAUCCCUCUUCUACGAGUGUUGAUACCGAGCCAUUCGUAUCUCGAAGUGUUGUACAAUCGGCUGGUUAACGAUCUUCUCUUGUGGCAGCCAGCUGCACCCGCCAUGAGACCAGGUGACGAAGAGUUCAAGAUAAACGCCCUCAGUGAUGACAUGUUUCAUGAGUGUGGAGGUGAUCCUAUGGAUAGAUUUGAUGAUGAUUGUGAAGAAGAGCGCUUCAAUGCCUCGGUGCAGUCAAAUGGAUAUGACAAGAACAAAUCUCAUAUGCUGAGUCUUUUGUUGAAUGUCAAGAAAGGAACAGCUGUUAUGUGUACUGCCAUAAAGGAGGAUGAAGAGCAGAAAGGAACUGGUCAGGUCUCCAUGGAGCUGUCAGACGCACAAUUGUUUGCAGUAGGCGGCUAUCAUGGAAGGAUGACUGAUACUUAUUUUUAUUUCACUACACAUACCGUUGGUGUUGGGCAUAGAAAUGUUUGCUCCAUGCCAAAAAUUGUCAAUCAGCCUGACUUUGGUAAAUGGAGCAAAGACGAUACACAAAUGGACUCAAUCCCCACUGGCGAUGAAUUUUGUUCACAGUCUAGCGACGAUGCAGUUGGUGUUGCUGUAUUCUUGUGCGAGCGACCUGGCCAAAAUAUCAAGGAUGUGCUGCUGGCGAUAGCAAUACGUAAUAGUUGCUUACAAGUUCGACCUUUCUCGAACUUGAAAGAAACUUGGGCGCUACAGUUGGCGGACCUGUUCACAUUGCAGGAUUAUCCUAUUCCUGGUUACGAACUCCCUGUUGUGACGGUCGCCAGUGUUUUCGAAAGCGCUCGAGUUUUUAUGAGCAACAGCAAAAGGUCUAGGGACAAUGUUCGCUUCGAAGAGCAAAGAACAACGAGAAACGCAUCUUCUAAUAAGCCUACCAAAAACAAAUUUUUCAAAGUUGUUGAUGUGGGGUUGUUUCAGCUUGAGGCCUGGGCUUGUGCUGACUCACUAGUGGCUUUGCUUAACAUUGCAUCAGAGAUCGCCCAUUCCAAUAAUUAUGCUGCCAAUUCGAAUAAUGAUAAUGCUGGUACCAAUCAUUCCACGGAUAGCUUUGAGGGUACCAUCGUUUCGGAGCGUGACAAUUAUGCUCCUUCUGUAAGUCAAUCGACAGUGAGUAUUCCCAAACCAUUAGAGAUGAAAAUGAAGCGUAUGUUGGCUUCUGCUAUGGAAGAGAAAACAUCGGAUAGUUUAUAUGGAGCUAUUUCUUGUGGAAAGGAUGCUCUUGAGGAGUUUUCACCGAAUUUCGCAAACCAGGCAAAAGCG